AUGAUUUCCUUCAUCAGCAUCAUUUCAUCUUUGAUAUGCAGAAUAAUCAUUAACACCAUUAUGAUGUUUGAUUUCCAGUAAGACCUUAAUGAAAGUUUUAAUAAUGGUACUUGGCUAUUGGUCUAUUACUUACUCACUGAUGUAUGGACUAAGCCAUCGAGAAAGAAUGCAUAAGAAGUAGUAGAUGCAACUAAAAGAACCUAAUAUCUCAAUGUCCUAUUUGGAACUAGAAGAUGA